GCAACCUUUCAGUUCAUUUGAGAUCGUUGCUAAUCGAGGAAAAGUACUUUGGCGCGGUGCUCCGAAAUAUUUCACAUAGUUUAAUUAAAUUGAAAAAUAAAAAAUAUUCCAGUUAUCUAAGAUACAAAAAUGCCGUUCACACCUGUUGAAACACCAAAAUGCCCAAAAUGCGGCAAAUCCGUCUAUGCCGCUGAAGAGAGAGUAGCUGGUGGUUACAAGUUCCACAAAACCUGCUUCAAAUGCGGAAUGUGCAACAAAGCCUUAGACUCCACGAAUUGCACAGAACACGAAAAAGAACUGUAUUGCAAAAAUUGCCAUGCCCGUAAAUAUGGACCAAAAGGUUACGGCUUCGGAGGAGGUGCCGGGUGUUUGUCAAUGGAUUCUGGAGCACAUUUAAACAGAGACGACAUCGAUGGCGUACGUAAUGGAGCACGCUUAGAGCCGCGAGUAAUAGCUAAAGCUCCAGAGGGACAGGGCUGUCCUAGGUGUGGAGGUUACGUCUAUGCGGCUGAACAGAUGUUGGCACGUGGCAGAGGAUAUCAUAGAAGAUGCUUCAAAUGCUUACUUUGUAACAGAACACUGGACUCUACUAUGCAUUGCGACGGCCCUGACAAAGAUAUUUAUUGCAGAGGCUGUUACGCUCAAAAGUUUGGCGCCAGGGGUUAUGGUCAUUUAGGAAUUUCUUCUAUGGGACUCAUGUCUGACAUAAAAGAUGCCGAGUGGCAAAGUGAUAUGGCACCAAAAGUAGCAGACAUAGAUGUUGGAAAGAUUCAAGCUCGUCCAGGUGAAGGCUGCCCGCGAUGUGGUGGUGUUGUUUUCGCUGCAGAGUUGGUUCUCUCGAAGGGCCGCGAAUGGCACAGGAAAUGCUUCAAAUGCAGAGAUUGCACAAAAACUUUGGAUUCUAUCAUUGCAUGCGAUGGACCAGAUAAAGAAGUUUACUGCAAAACUUGUUAUGGAAAAAAAUGGGGUCCUCAUGGUUAUGGAUUCGCAUGUGGAUCUGGUUUUUUGCAAACAGAUGGAAUGACUGAAGAACAAAUUUCGUCUCAGCGACCAUUUGUGUGCCCAGAUACUACAUCAAUAAAAGCGCCUGAAGGCGAAGGUUGUCCACGUUGUGGCGGAGCUGUUUUUGCAGCAGAACAACAACUCUCAAAAGGUCGUAUGUGGCACAAGAAGUGUUACAACUGCUCUGAGUGUCAUCGCCCGCUAGACUCGAUGCUUGCCUGUGAUGGACCAGACAAAGAUAUCUACUGCAAAGCUUGUUAUGGCAAACGAUUUGGUCCGAAAGGGUUUGGUUACGGACAUGCACCAACAUUGGUGUCAACUUCUGGUGAAUCCACCAUUCAAUUUCCUGAAGGUAAACCAUUGACUGGGGCACGUUCAUCAGGAGGCUGUCCACGUUGUGGAUAUGCGGUCUUCGCAGCUGAGCAAAUGAUUAGCAAAAGCCGAAUUUGGCACAAACGUUGUUUCCAUUGUGCUGAUUGUAGAAAAUCUCUUGAUUCAACAAAUUUAAAUGACGGUCCAGAUGGAGAUAUUUAUUGCAGGGCGUGUUACGGCCGAAAUUUCGGGCCAAAAGGUGUUGGUUUCGGACUUGGUGCGGGCACGCUUACGAUGAUAUAAAGUACUUUUCCAAGUAAAAAUAUGUAUAAAAAAUAUAUGUACAUGUAUGCAUAUAUACAUAUGUACAUAUGAAAGUAAAUCAACAAAAUCAAAAAAACGAAUAUAACGAAAUGCAAACGGCUAUAAUUUUCAGUACGAAGUAGGUAUUAUAUAAUUAAAAUACGACAAGAAUAAACAACGAUCUUUUUUCAACGAAAACUCGCUCUACAAAUUAGUUUACAUCGAGGACGAACGUUAUACUUUUUAUUUAAUUUUUGUGUAUGCGUGGAUAAAUUAAGAUGGAUUUUUUAUUGUUUUUUACAAGUACAUCUUUUACUCGUACAAUUCAUUCAAUAACUCCUUUCCUCAAGUCAUUUAAAGACUGUUCUCUUAGUACCGUGUAUCAAUAAUUUGUAAGAAACGUGUUGAAAUAAGUUACUGAUUGAGUUGAAUGAAUAAAAAUAUGUUUUUAUAAUAUUUUCUGAAUGCAUACUAUACGUGUAUAUAGUUUAUUUAUAAAAACGACAACAAAAUAUAUGUGUACGUGUAAUACAAAAGUUGUCGCCAAGUAUUUAUGUAUAUUAGUGCCAUUUGUAUGAAAAAACUGUGCGUAUUUGAGAACAAAAUAAAGAACGAAAGACCCUAAA